GUAAAAUCCCUUUUAAGUCUUUGUGGGUAGUGAUAUUCAUGACUUGCUUGACUUGACUGUGCGUGAGAGCGUUCAAGCUUUCGUUGUUCCAUUUUUGCUUUUGAAUGUUUCUCUGUUCUUAUCGUGAUUUAUCAUGGCUGCGGUGCGUCCAAAACCAGGAAAUGGCGGUUUUUCAUCAACGCGUAAGGAAGCAAAACAAGAUGGCAAAAAUCCCCGAGCAGUUGUUUGUGCUGACAAUGAGGAGCCCUUUACUGCAGAAUGGUAUGCCAGUCGUCGAAAGAUCGAGGAAACUCUGAGGUUUUACAGGGAGUUACUAGUCGACAGAAAGUUAUUUGACGAGCUGUCACAAGAACCUGAAAAGAGCCCAGAUGGAAAGAAAUAUUCGGGCAUAGGUGUUCAUAUGAGAGCAGCCAGGGUUCUUGAGAGUUCGGGGGGAUGGGUUAACACCAGCAAGCAAAUAGGACAUGUUUCAGGGAUUAAAGUUGGUGAUGAUUUUCGUUGGAGGGGUGAGUUGAGUAUUGUUGGGCUUCACCAUGAGUUUCAGAAGGGGAUAGAUUUUAUGAAGCUGAUUAAUGGUAAAACCCUGGCUACAAGCAUUGUUGAUUCUGGUCGAUAUGAGAAUGGCGUGGGGAUUACUUCUGACGUGUUGAUUUACUGUGGCCAAGGUGAAAAUCCUAACCUUGACCGAGUCAGGAAACCAAAGGACCAAAAGCUUGUAGGUGGAAACCUGGCAUUGAAGAACAGUAUGCAUAGUAAAACGCCUGUCAGGGUGAUUCGUAGGUUAACCGACAUUGACACUUCCAAGGAAUCAACUACUGUGGCUGCUGCUAAAGGGAAUGACAUUGGCUACAAGUUUGUUUAUGAUGGACUGUAUCGUGUGACUGGAUUUUGGAAAGAAAGAGGGAAAUUUGGUAGAUAUGUUUACAAGUUCUCAUUGAAAAGAAUUGAGGGGCAGCCAGAACUUGACUUGGGGAAAUGGAACAAAGUGGGGAAUGGUUCUGCUGGCAGUGUCUUUAAAGGGAAGGAAAAUGACAUUUAUUGAUGCAGGUCAUAGUUUUGGUCAAGCUCGCAAUGGACAAUGGACACGCGUCAUCAAAAUUGAAGAGGUGAAGCAAGCCCAAAUUCUCAUCCAGGAGAAUUUUG